AUGAAUAAUUAUAAACAAAUUAUCGAUUGCUUUACGGGAUCUCAUCCAAAUUUUCCUUUUACACCGGUCUUCAAUAAUAUUGAAGACAUCGCUCGUUUAAUGCCUGAUACAUCGAAAACUACAAACGAUCGGGCAAUGAUAGCAAUAACCGUUGAUUAUGUUGCGCGUACUGAAGCUCGGAUUAAUGAUAGAGAAGCUAUUCGAACGGCUACAACAUAUUAUUUAUUACAACUUCAACAUCGCGAAAAUCGGAACCUAAGAAAUAUAUAUAAACAUCUAGCACGAAACGUAAAUCGAUAUAACGCUACAAGGAAUCGUUUCCACCAGAAUAAUGUUCGGUUUCACCAGGUCAAUAUUCGUCAUGGGCAUUUACGGAGCC